AUGGCACGCAUCAAAAGAACUCUGCGCCUUUCACCGCGAGAAGUGCUGCGGCGGACACCCUGGGCAACUCCGCAUAUUUGGGAUGCAGCCGACCUGCCUGCCCAGUUGGCGCCCGAGUCUGACCGGUCCCCUGGGCCUGUCUACAAUCUUGAACAACAGGAGUUGGGUCCCAAUGAGUACAUGAUAACCAGUUACAGGGACCACGACGAUAUCUGGCUACCCUCGUUUUUUGCCGAGUUAAUGGAAGACCACAACCAGAUUUCCGGUCUCCAGAUGGAGGGUGUCUUUCGCGGUCGUUGGGUACGAGAUCGCAAACUCCGGAAGCCCGCUUGGGGUUUCCCUGAGAGGCCUUGGCAAAGUUGGAAUUGGCGCAUGCCCCUACGCAGCCAGGGCUCGCCGCCUGAACCGCUGUCGCUUCCUCAGGACUAUGUGAUGCAGGCAUACCCCCUCGGCCAUGAAGAUAGCAUAUGCGCAGCGGAUCUGGACAUGAUUGAUGUACCGAACGCCACCUUCAAUCCGUGCCCGGGCGGCAGAGGCAUGCUCGACAAGCUGCCCGUCGAAGUGCUUGAGAUGAUCAUCGAGUAUCUUGUACCGACCGGUUGUACAUACAACUUCUUCAUGGCCGAGAUGAGAGAUGUCCACUCAGAGUUUCGAUCAAUCCGCUACGUCGUUCAUCAGAUGGUGCCUAUCUGGACGCCAAAGGAACUCGAUAAACUUGAUGAACGACUCGACAAAGAGGAGGUUGAUGCAUGUGAGGAUACGGACGAGAUGGACUUCCCAGAUGGGGAAGGUGACGAAGAAAAAGAGAUUGCAAAAAGGAGCAAGACAGCGAUCCAGGGAGGUUCUGCCCACAUGGCCCUCGCAUGCAUCAACAAGACCUUCCAAGAUCUCAUCUACGCUAGGUUCUACGGCGGCAACACCUUCAUCUUCCACCUGUCUAGCUAUCCCUUCACGCCGAUCAACAUCGAAGCAAGGGACCUCGACACACGUUGGACAUCCUGGACCCGCGUCCUGACCCGCAACGUACGACCCCGCGUUGUCACCCGCAACACGGCACGGCCUCCAGGUCCUCUCGGUCCUAUCACCGCUCGGGCGGCAAGAUACAUCACAGAUAUAAAAUUCAGCAUCGUUACUCCAUAUGAGGACACCACUGAUGAGGAGGCAAUGGGUCACCUUGCCCAGGCAGUGGACUCCGCCGUUAGUCUUCUUCUUCUGACGCCGACGGACGCGAGUCCGGAAGAACAAGAGAAGCGACGGCAACCAAGUGUAUCGCUGCAUCUACAAUUCUCGAGCCCACACGCUUCAAUGGAUGACAACAUCGUCACGUUGCAAGCGGGAUUUAACCGUGUUACGGAAAAGAUUUACGUUGGACCUGGUACGUGGAGCGGAAUUCAGGGUAGGUUGGACCAAACGCCGGCGGAGAACAAGCUGGAUCUGAUGAUGCAGCCGCUAUGGAAGCUGAGGGGCUUAAUCAAGGACAUGUGCGUCCAUGGCUAUGAAAUUCCGAUGGAUUUCCUGGACGAAGUUGGGCUGGUUUGCGUGGACAAGGAGGUGCCGCCAUCAACGAUUUGUUACACCUACCACAACCAAACUACCUGCGAGUGUAUCAAAAAUGGGGCACGUGAAUGUCCCCGGAAGCGCCUUCUGAGCGGCGUGCCCACGCCGCGAUGGCAACUUGAGGGCUUGGGGUGGACUUUCUUCAGGGGUGCGGAGAGGUUGAAGGAGAGAAACACUAGAGAUGACACCACUACUUCUCAUUCAGCCGCUACCAAAGCUACUGGCACAAAGCCUCCCAUAUACAUCCCUUCCGCAUAUGACAAAGGGCCGUGGUCACCCUGA